UAAUUUGAAACAUUUGUUUUUUACAGCUGGGCAACAGCAUACAUUCACCAUUUCACUCCCAUUACCAAACGUCUUAAUAUGUCACGGAAGUUGAACUGAAACAGUCAUAUGCACAUGUGUCUCCUUAAAAUAAAUUCGCUCUUUUGUUUACAUUGAAGCCCUACAAGUGUAAGGAUGUCCAGUUUCCAUUAGACAACUUUUUUUAUACUGUACUUUUCAAAAUACACCUACAUUUUUGUGUGGUGUUAUCAGAGUCCAUACAGAUGUUCAAACAGCUACUAGAUGCAUACUUGCAAAAACAGAAUAUUCAAGGAUAUAAUCUUUCAAUGUAGGGUAAUAACUGCUUGAUCCAAGGAUAAAUCUGACUGCCAUUCUGGGGUCAAGAAGGAAUUAUUUCCUAGUUUGUUGCAAAAUUAGAAGUGCUUUAAACUGGGUUUUUCACCUUCUUUCGGAUCAACAGCAAAAUAACAAAAUGUGAGGAAGGCUGAAAUUCUGCAAGGCUUCCUGUUCGGCUACUUUGGGCCUGAAUUUGAAAUUCACAAAAAAUCCUGAAAGUGAAUCUCGCAUUUAAGACCAGAAUAGUCAAACAUUGCCCAAUAAUUCAAUGUUCUUGGGAUAUUUUAGCCCAAAAUGUUCCAUUUCUUUUAAAUCCGCAGUGAACCGUGCCAGCUGUACUUCCUAUUGGGAAGUUUACAUUCUCUAGUCUGUUUGGCUGCUAGAGGUUGCCCGUCAGUCUGCGGUGAAUAAUAAUACCCCAGAAAUGGUGUCCAUAAUGUAUGGGACUACAGUUUCCAUGGUGCUCUGUCAGCCUUCACAAUGCAAAGCAGUUUUAGAGGUGUAGUAAUUAAACCUUAGACCCCACUAAUUCCAUUAAAUAACCAGCCACAAUGCCAAAGAAGAAAUAUUUCAUUCACAGAAUUGUAUUUUACAUCAUUUUCAUCAUGCAGUGCAUAGUAUGACCACAGGAUGUAGCAGAGUUAGAGCGAUCCCACAAUGUCCAGCGAAACGUACAAAUCCAUCUCCAUCACAAACCAUAACUAUUUACAUAAAGCCUUUCUAUUGGUGCCUCCACUACCCAAUUGUUAGAAGUGCUCAAUCCCUCGCUAAAUAUUCAGACACCAAUGUGCCCAAUCUUUAACUCAUGGCAUAAUGCCUUUCCCCAUUUAUCCAGGUCACAGUGUCCCCACUACCUACCUCUCUGCCUCUGACACCCUCACCAAUACCUUUCAACCCUUGAUCCUGGUGCAAAAUCCAACCGUGUACAAGGCUUUACUAACCAUAUGCCCAGCAUGACUAGUCCCCUAGACGUGCCUUACCAAAUGCCCAGUUCCCUACUCGUCACUGACCAACUGCCCAGCAUGACUAGUCCCCUACUCGUCACUGACCAACUGCCCAGUAUGACUAGUCUCUUACCUUUGACCUCAAGCCUCCAACUUUGGUGAAUAUUGCAAUAAAACUCUGGUGUCUGGCUGUAUCUUAAUGAACUUCUAACCUAGUCCUAGUCCAAUUACUGCAUAAUAUGGUCUUUAAUCCCUGAUCUGCUGCACGGCCCCUGAACCCCGAAACCCACCGAGCAGUUUCCACACACUUUACAUCAAAGGGACAUCGCAGGCACCAACACAAAUUAAGUGUAUUUGUUUUAGCUCAUAUUCAUGUUUCCCCACCACCACAAUUAAAUUAUUUAUUAGUUUCACAACACGUCUUUCAGAUAGGAAGCAGGGAUGUAUGUCUACAACUGUGCUCCCCACCAGUCACGGUCCUCCUAUUAUCUGCCACCUUUCCCUUGGCAUGGCUUUAAAUUACCAUUUAGAAAACCCGAGGAAAGUAUUUCAGCUCACACUGAUCACUUAUUGGCAGAGCUGGGCAAUCUCUGGUGCUUGGCAAAACCAAGAUAUGACUGUGGACACAGUAUGGAGCUUAGAUUCACUUAUGUUGUGAUGGUGCCGGGAGUGUGCCUUAAAUGUGACAUUAUUACUUGACUGAUGCACACUUCCUUCUUUACAUUCACGUAAUGGUUUCCCCUUUCUCCAGGUUCGAGGUUUUCUUUUCAGUCCAUUGCAAAUUAAAUGAUUAUUUUUACAUUUUACCACACUGUCCAUUUACUGUUAAUGUGUAAUAAAAGAUCAUCUAACACACUAGACCUGUGGUGUCUCUCCUAUUCUCUGCUCACAAAUCAGCAGAUUCCAUGCGUACGGUGAUUAAGUCGCAGGCCACGUCCAGGGAUUCUCUGCGUGAUGAGUUACGAGUGAGACAGGUUUGUCCAAGAGAGCCAUUCACAUUCAGGGAUAUGAGGUCUAAGCAUGUAUUUAUAAAUAACAUGUAUGAGUGGAAAUAUCUAGAAAUGUAAAGAACUCUAUGAAAAGUGAGGAAACAAAGAAAUAUAUACAGUUCAGCAAUACGAAAUAGUGGUCAUUUGAGUGAACAGAACGUAGGGAGCUACAAAGGUAGGUCUGGUAAUGAAGGUAUACUGUAGGUUGAGAUCUGGUAUUGGUGGGGAUGGGGAUUAUUGGAUAAGAGGGACAGAGGCUCGCUGAGAGACAGGGAAAUGGCGGGGCGGCCAACGUUACUGGAGACAGGGAAAUGGCGGGGCGGCCAACGUUACAGGAGACAGGGAAAUGGCGGGGCGGCCAACGUUACAGGAGACAGGGAAAAGGCGGGGCGGCCAACGUUACAGGAGACAGGGAAAAGGCGGGGCGGCCAACGUUACAGGAGACAGGGAAAAGGACGGGGCGCAGCCAACGUUACAGGAGACAGGGAAAUGGCGGGGCGGCCAACGUUACAGGAGACAGGGAAAUGGCGGGGCGGCCAACGUUACAGGAGACAGGGAAAUGGCGGGGCGGCCAACGUUACAGGAGACAGUGAAAAGGUGGGGCGGCCAACGUUACAGGAGACAGGGAAAAGGCGGGGCGGCCAACAUUACAGGAUACAGAGAAAAGACGGGGCGGCCAACGUUACAGGAGACAGGGAAAUUGGUGGGGUGGCCAACGUUACAGGAGACAGGGGAUUGUGGCAGUGUUGAAGUCUAUAGGGCAGUCUUCCAGACGACCAGGAUAACAAAUGAAGUAUUGCUGAAGGAGGAAGAGUACUGUACUACAAUACUUAAAUAAUGGUGCUUACGGAAAAUAAAGAGGAGAACUGAAGUUAGAAAUGUAAGGGACUGAGGUGAACACUGAAUAUUUAGAGCAGGACGAAGUACAUGUUUGAAGGUGGGGUAUCUAGGACAACAAGGUUGCCAGGAUAUUUGAAAGUUACAGAUCGCAAUCAAUUCGUGGGCAAAGCAUAACACAGGAAUGGAGAGUCUGGAGGGACAAUACAGGAAUUUCAAGCUCAAUCCUUGGCUUUUCCAAUAAUGGCCAAGAUAUAGAGGAAAAUGUUGAUAAUGUCCGUGUAGAGAUUAAGAGCAGCGAAAACAUAUUCCUCAGGACUGAGAGAUAACUGUUUAUUUCCCAGAAUCAUCUGUGUAUCCACCGCAAGGAACUGGCAGAGAGAGAGAACAUAUCGUUAUCGAUUAUAAGGAAAGGAGUAUAAUAAAAAUAUUUAUAUAAGAUAUAUAGAUCCUUCCCUAGAACUCGUC